AUGGUGCUCCAGAACAAGUACAAGGCCAAGGCCUCGAGGCGGUACAACAACAGUAAAGCCACAACGGACGACGCUGAACUAGGCUCCUCCAAACCAGACUUCCGCCAGCGGUUCGCCAACAAACACAGACGGCCACAUGCAACACAAUCAGCGCAAGACGGCGAAGAAGACGGAUCCGACGCGGACAGUGACGAUGGAGAUGGAGAGGAGGUUUCGCUAAGCGGUAGCGACGGAGAAGAUGAUAACACAGACUUCCCUAGCCUCACGAAAGCAGCUGCCACUCCUAACGGCACAACAGCAGCACCGGCAAAGGACAAUGAAGAUGAUCCAUCUAAUCCUAACAGAGGCAAAUACGCUCGUCGUCGGCUAGGCGAGAGCAAACUAGCUCGAUUGGAACGUCUCGAAGCAGCCAAAAAUCCUCGAUUACCAGACGACCAAGAGCCGGAGCCCGAAGUGGACAUUUCCAGCCUCAUCGUACGUGUAGCGGCACUAGGCGAUUCUGCAGCCACACAAGCUGGUCUAGCAGAGGAAAUCGCACGUAGUCGAGCGCAGCACGAAACAGCCUCCGACGUCGAGAACGAUAUCGAUCACAGUCUUGCCUAUCUCCACGAGAAGGAACGUCAACGGCAAAAGGCUAAAGGUCGCACCACAAGCCACACUCCAGAUUCGAAUCACAAGGUUGUUACAGACGCGGUGCAAGUAGACGUAGACGGCAACCCAAUCGACUAUGAAGCACUGAAGAAAGAAAAGGAGAAAGCAGAGGCCGUUCGUGCUCUCAAAGCUCGUUUUCAAGGUCAUGACGUUGGUGAACGAUCACGGUCAGACGUUAAGCCUCGCGCGGUGCCUUCUAUUCAUAUCGGUCCCAAAAAGCCUGUCAUCCCGGCAGAACUCGUUGGGAGCCAAGCAAAUGCUGCGGAAGGGGAUUUGUCGCAAAGUCUCACAGCCGAAAUCGAAUCCUCUCUCGCCAAAUCCCCUCGCACUACAAACGGCGAGACAAGUUCUGUCCACUCUGGCCGAUCUAGUUUUAGCACUACUUUCGGUCGUCGCAAGUCUCCUCUUGCCAGCGUAAGCGCGGAUUCGGACUCAAGAAAAGGUGCCAACUGUGGCGGAUCAGCGCGCAGGACAGAGAGGAUAGACAGCUUCCUAGCAAGUCUUAAUGAUCGCAGUGUAAACCCAAGCCAUCCUUCCGUUUUCCAACUGAGUCCGACAGGAACGCCAGGUGCGGCGAGACCAAGUCCACAUCCGACAAGUAGGAUCAGCGGUAGUGCGGAAAGAGUCACUCCGCAACACAAGGGGAUACAGUCGACCCCUGGCGAGUUGGGCAGGCUGGAGAGCUUUUUGGAUGAUAUGCUCGGCUGA